UAUACUCCGAAUUUUAUAGUCAUUAUUCUUUGACGAUGGGACCGCCGAUGCUUCCUUUGGGAUUUUCUUGUGUCCGCAUGGACGAUCAGCUGGAAUUCUCACCGAAUCCCUGUUGGACUUGCCGAAGGAGGCGUCUAAAAUGUGACGGCUGUCUUCCGACUUGCUUUAAAUGCAAGACAAAGGGCCGAGAAUGUCUCGGAUACGGCACCAACAAGCCAUUAGUUUGGGCCGGCCUAGAAAGUAGGGGAAAGAUGGUGCGCCAGUGCUUUGGGGAGCAGACGAUAGAGUCAUUGGCUAGAAAACAGCGACUUGCAUCCCUGAAUUUGCUGUUAAACAAGACAUUAACAGACCCGGCUUUUCAGGACCUAAGUCCUCGGGCGAGGCAUCAUAUUUCUUAUUAUAUUGACCGGUGUUGCCUUGAAUGCACUUUAUACGAGCCGGAGGCGCCAAAUGCGUUCAAACAGUUCCUCACUUUGAUGCCUGGUAAUCCGGUACUAAUCCAUAGCAUUUUAGCUGUCGCUGCCUCCCAUCAAGCGCGAGCAGUGGCUCAAUCAGCCGCUUCACCAUCUGAAAAUGGAAUUUCCAGACAAUUAGCUCUCAAUUGCACGGAAGUGACCAGAUUCAAGCCUCCCAAUGAUGCGUCUUCCGCUCAUUACUCAGACGCUUUGACCCAUUCAUCUAUAAGUCUUGGCGCUCUGAGAGAAGCCCUGGCAAAGACUGCCGAAACUUUGGAUGCGCUGAUCGCUGCGGUGAUCUUGUUAAUCUGGGUAGACGUAGUGGAUUCGGGAAAGUCGGCCUGGAAACAUCAUCUAGAGGGACUCAAGGUGUUACUUUCGUCGCAACGAGCGGAAUCGCGACCGAAUGCUACUUCGACACUCCAAACCUGGUUCGAGGAGACUUUUUCGAUUUUAUCAACCAUUGGUUCUACAUUCGAUCCCAGGCUGUUACCACUUCUUAAUAUUUUCUCACAAUCCGAAUUGGACCAAAUUCUGGGAGGUACAGAGUUACACAGCUGGAUUGGCUGUCCGGCCGACCUUCUCAGUACUUUGCAUACUUUCAACGCCACCGCAAUUACCAGCGAACCUCCGUCAUCGCAAGAUGUUACUAGGUGGUUUACUCGAAUACAGGAUUUCGAUACUGAGAAGUGGGCUGCAGAAUGUCCACUACCAGAAUCAGCACAAUCUCGGCGUUCGCUUGGCGAAGCCUGGAAAGGCGCCAUUGAAAUCUACGGUCGACGAGCCUUAAGCGGACGAUGCGCAGACUUCCAGGAAGUAUCUGAUCAAUUGGUUCAGAGCACACUAUCUCAUCUUAGUCAGAUCGAUCCUAACGAUACCCAUUUCAAGGGAACAGUCUGGCCAAUGUUCGUCGUAGGGGGCGAAGCUCGGACAGACGAACAACGCCAGGCUAUUUUAACUGCUUUUGGGCAUUUGCUCGAAUUCUCGCAUCUAUCGAUGUUUUACUUGGCGCUUGGCCAAUUGAAGAGGGCUUGGUCUCAUUCAACGCCAUACCCACCAGGAAGUUCUUGGAUACAUGAGAUUUGGGAACACGGCGAAGGCCUUCUACUCAUUUAAUGCAGCGAGUUUCUUGAGUUCCCCAAGCAGACGAGACCCUAAUUUAAUUACUCGGAGCCCGAGCGGAAGCAAUAUUUAAGAAAGAA